UACGUACACUGCCUCUAUUGGUGGUUUGUGCUCGAGUGGGAGGAGGGGGCGUUCCAGAUAAAACUACCGACUGGGAACUCGGAAACAGCUGUAGUGCCCUGUCACGCUAUUUGCACCAUGUCUGCUGCCGAGUGGAAGAAGAAGUGCGAGGAAGAGUGGAGCCUGCAGAGUGCACCGAUGCCCGAUGGCCUGGACUGGAAGUCCGUGUAUGAAGCCAAGCCCUUCGGAAGAAAUUUACUGAUGAACCCUGCGCCAUACGGGUUGAGUAAAGACAUCCCACCACCUGAACCCGAACUGCCUGCCGUGCCUGACCGCGGACCUCCACGAUUUCAGCCUGAUGGCAACUUCACUGGUUGGACCACGAAUUCGGAGGUCCUGCCCUAUGAUACAAGCGGCAUACCUGAAGGUGUUGUGGUGUGUGCAUUGCCUCGUUACAGCUGGUUCACCAUGGAGCAGGUUGUGGACCUGAAAGCAGAAGGACUGUGGGACGAGCUGCUGGAUGAGUUUCAGCCUGAAAUUGCCAUCCAAGACUGGUAUGAGGAGAGUCAGCUGCAUGACUCAAUCUACCAGCUGCAUGUGAAGUUACUGGGUGCGGAUAAAAACACAGUGAUCUCAGAGCACACAGUCAACCCCACCGAGCAGCGACUGGUUUACUCUCAUGAAUGGAAAGAGGUGUCACAUGUGUUCUCCGGUUAUGGACCCGGCGUGAGAUAUGUCCACUUCUUGCACCGACUGAAGAACAGCUUCCUAAAUGGUUUCCACAAUACACAGUUCACUGGCAGUGCAGUGAUUGUACGACCAAGCAAAAGCAGCCCGUAGGCUAAAUCUUACAGUGCAGCCAUAUCUGAUAAUGCACUCAGUGUAAUCCGUUUCAGCAAUAUGUAACUGCAUUUACAAAGGUUGUCAUGACAAUAAUAUAAUGAUGGACACAAUCAUCAAUAUUUGAUUACUGGUUUUAUGGGAGGCAUGGAGGUGGGCCAGGAGGUGUAAUUCACAGUUUUUUCUGAAGAUUCUGAUAUGAUGCAAUAAUAAAACAUACAGUUUUCUGGUUUGAGA